UGGCAAGCUGUGAUAAUUACUGCCUAUACCACUGUUUCUAUUGUCUCUGUUUUUGGAAAUGGUUGCGUUUGUUAUUUAGUGUUAUCUCAAAGGAGAAUGAGAACGGUGACAAAUUAUUUUAUAGCUAGUUUGGCUACUGGAGACAUACUUAUGGCUGUUGUUUGUAUACCAUUAACGUUUGUAGCAAAUGUUCUGUUAAAUUACUGGCCAUUUGGUGAUGCUCUUUGUCCUAUCAUAACAUAUUUACAAGUUGCAAUUGUUUUUCAAAAUGCAUACACUCUUCUAGCUAUAAGUUUAGAACGAUAUAUAGCAAUUUUACAUCCUUAUAGACCAAGAUUGCCAAAAAGGAAAUGUCUCAUGGUAAUUGCAGUAUGUUGGUUAUUAGCUUUUCUAACACCAUUACCCACUGCCAUAACCUCUAAAACUGUUCCGUAUUUAGAAGAGAAUAUAACAAAAUACUAUUGUUAUGAAGUGUGGCUAACAGAAUCUGGUCGAGUUGGUUACAGUACAACUAUCAUGGUGUUACAAUAUUUUCUACCACUUGGUGUGCUUAUUUAUACAUAUGCUCGAAUAGUCCAUGUUGUGUGGAUGAAAGAUAUUGGAUAUCAAGCCCGUGGUGAGGGAGAUGGUAAAGAAUUUGAUCCACGAAGAAAGGCUGUAUUAAUGAUGAUUGCUGUGGUGGGUAUAUAUACUGUAUGUUGGUUACCUCUACAUGUUACCACAAUAGUUGGCGAUGUCCAUCCCAGUAUAUAUGAUCAAUCACAUACAAGAUAUAUUUGGGUGUUUGCUCACUGGUUAGCUAUGAGUAGCUGUGCGUACAAUCCUUUUGUGUAUUGGUGGAUGAACUCGCGAUUUAGACAAGGAUUC